CGAUUGCAGUUUCCUCUGGGCGUCCAUUUCAGCAGGCUGCAAUUAAUCAGCGGAGAAAUAAGGCGAGGAGGAGGAGGAGGAGGAGACCGAGGAAAGGAGCAGGAGAAGAGGACCAGAAAGGGGACAAGAAGGGGGUCCCUCCCCCCCACCACCACGCCCGAUCUCCACUCUCAGUCCCAGCAUAGACCACCCUGCCAAGGCUCCCCGAGCGCAUUUCCUUUCCCUGGGGGGAGAGGAGCUGCUGCAGAGAAGACCCUCCCGGCCUUAGGGAUCUUGGGAUUCUGCUUCUUGGGGAGAAGAUCUCUGCGCCCCACGGAGGACCCUUGGCUGAUGUGAGUGGAUGGGGUGGCCAGGGGCUGCCAGCCGGGUCUCUGGGGCAGGAGGGGCGCUGCCUGCUUGGGUGCGCCGCCCGCUUCCUCCAUCCCUGCAAAGCCCACCUCGGGUGGGGCUUGCCUGGGGCUUCUGCCCGGAGAGGGCAUCAUCCUCUCCAGCCCUAAAGCUAUGGCAAGAUUUCCCCCAGCUCCCUUCCUUUCUGGGCCAAAAUCCCAGCUGGGCUGGAUCGAUGCAGCAGCCGCUCUGAGCCUGGCUUGAACCUAGCAGCUGGAGAAGCCUCUUCAAUCAGGGACAUCUCCCUUUUCAGCCCCCCCCCCCAACCUGAAGAGGGACCUGGUUUUACCUAUAUAUUUCCAUCCCUUGAAGCUUCCAGGAGACACAGGAUCAAAGGAGACCCCGGUGCCCGUCAGAGAGAGAGAAAUAGAAAGGGGUUUCUAAUAUACAGUAUAUGUCAUUGCCAGCAAGGACUGUUAUAUAUCGCAGCGAGGGUGUGUUGGAUUUUUGCAGCGUCUGAGCGCCCCUCGGUUUCUCUCCUGCAAAAAAGGGGGAGAGGAUUUUGCUGUGGCUCUGAGGGGUUUGCAUGUCACCAGCCCCGCUCCAGAGGAAGGCCAUGCAGUGAGGAGGAUGUCUCUGUCCAGGCUGAACAGUUUCCUCAAUGGCUUCCUGGAGGACCCCUCUGGGACGGAGGCGGCCGGAGCAGGGGACAUGUCCGGGGUCCUCAAGCGCUUGGAGACGGGCACCGUGCUCACCCUGUUCUACCAGAAGAAAUCCCAGAGGCCCGAGCGGAGGAACUUCCAAGUGCGCUUGAAAAGCAGGCAGAUCAUCUGGAGCCGCAGCCCAGAGAAGGUGGAAGGGGAUGUGGACAUCAGGGAAAUUAAGGAGAUCCGUCCAGGGAAGAAUUCCCGGGAUUUUGAACGAUACCCGGAAGAUGCCCGGAAACUGGAUUCUGCUUUGUGCUUCGUUGUCUUAUACGGAAUUGACUUCAGGCUGAAGACCUUGAGCUUGGCUGCCUUUUGCGAAGAAGAUGUCAACCUCUGGGUGGCCGGCUUGAAUUGGCUGCUGACGGACACGCAGCGAUCGCAGACGCCGCUCCACAUCGAAAGGUGGCUGAGGAAGCAGUUCGACUCGAUGGACAGGUCGAGAGAAGGCAGCAUCACCCCCAAGGAUCUGAAGGCCAUGUUGCCCCAGGUCAACUACCGCGUGCCAAACAUGAGAUUCCUCCGGGACAAGCUUCUGGAGGUCGAAGUCCGGAAUGAAAUCACCUUCAGCCACUUCACACACUUCUAUAAAAACCUGAUGUUUGAUGCGCAGAAAUCGAUAAUUGAGCAGCUGGAGUUGUCCUUCCCCUUGCGCAACGUGGACCGGCCAGAACUCUGCCAGAUCAUGCUGUACGACUUCCAGAAGUUCCUGCAAUAUGACCAGAAGGAGCUGUGGGCGAGUGACAUUGCCAAAGUCCGGGAGUUCAUGUGCAACUACCUCCGGGAUCCCUUCAGCGACAUGGCGGAGCCCUUCUUCCAGCUGGACGAGUUCCUGACGUUCCUGUUCUCCAAAGAAAACAUGGCCAUGGACUCCAGGUUCGACCGAGUGGUGCCGGAAGAAAUGAACUACCCCUUGACUCAGUACUGGAUCUCGUCCUCCCACAACACGUAUCUCACAGGGGACCAGUUCUCCAGCGAAUCCUCUCUGGAAGCUUAUUCGCGCUGCCUCCGGAUGGGGUGCCGCUGCAUAGAACUGGACUGUUGGGAUGGUCCGGAUGACUUGCCAAUCAUCUACCACGGCCACACACUCACCUCCAAAAUCAAAUUCUUGGACGUGCUGCACACCAUCAAGGAACACGCUUUCGUCACCUCCGAGUUCCCCGUCAUCCUCUCCAUCGAGGACCACUGCAGCAUCGUGCAGCAGAGGAACAUGGCUGCGCACUUCAAGAAGGUCUUUGGGGACAUGCUGCUUACCAAACCGGUGGACGUCAAUGCGGACCAGCUGCCCUCACCUGCCCAGCUCAAGAAGAAGAUCCUCAUCAAGCACAAGAAGUUGGCCGAAGGGAACCUCUACGAGGAGGUCUCCUUGGCCAGCUACUCCGAGAACGACAUCAGCAACUCCCUCAAGAACGGCAUCCUUUAUCUCGAGGACCCCAUUGACCAUACGUGGAGCCCGCACUACUUUGUUCUGACCAGCAACAAGAUCUAUUACUCCGAGGAGACCUCCCGCUACCAGUCCAACGAUGACGAGGAGGAGAUGGAGCAGAAGGAGGAGCUGAACAACAACGAGCUGCACUUCAGCGAGAAAUGGUUCCACGGCAAGCUGGGCGGGGGACGCGACGGGCGGCAGAUCGCCGAGAAGCUGCUCCACGAGUAUUGCACCGAGACGGGCGGGAAAGACGGCACUUUUCUGGUGCGGGAGAGCGAGACCUUUGUGGGCGACUAUACCCUCUCCUUCUGGCGUUCCGGCCGUGUUCAGCAUUGCCGCAUUCACUCCCGGCAGGAAGCCGGCGCCACAAAGUUCUACUUGACGGACAACCUGGUCUUCGACAGCCUCUACAGCCUCAUCUGCCACUACCGCGAGGUGCCCCUGCGCUGCAACGAGUUCGAGAUGCGCCUGACGGACCCCGUGCCGCAACCCAACGCCCACGAGAGCAAGGAGUGGUACCAUGCCAACCUCACCCGCCUGCAGGCGGAACACAUGCUGAUGAGGGUCCCGCGGGAUGGAGCCUUCCUGGUGCGCAAGCGCAGCGAGCCCAACUCCUACGCCAUCUCCUUCCGGGCGGAAGGCAAGAUCAAGCACUGCCGGAUCCAGCAGGAGGGUCGACUUUUCAUGCUGGGCAGCUCGGCGGAGUUCGAGAGCCUCCUCGACCUGGUCAGCUACUACGAGAAGCACCCGCUGUACCGCAAGAUGAAGCUGCGCUACCCGAUCAAUGAGGAGACGCUGGAGAAGAUGGGCACAGCGGAGCUGGACUACGGAGCUCUGUACGAGGUGCGGACCCCUCACUUCUACGUGGAAGCCAACAAGAUGCCCACAGCCAGGUGCACAGUGAAGGCCUUGUAUGACUACAAAGCCCAGCGGGAAGAUGAGCUUUCGUUCUGCAAACAAGCCAUUAUUCACAACGUUGACAAGCAGGAUGGCGGAUGGUGGCGAGGAGACUACGGGGGCAAGAAGCAGCUCUGGUUCCCUGCCAACUACGUGGAGGAGAUCAUGAGCACCUCUGUGCCGGAGCAGGAUGAAGCCUCCGUGGAGAACAGCCCUCUGGGAAACUUCCUGAAAGGUUUUGUUGAUGUCCCUUCCUGCCACGUAGUUAUCUCCAAAGACGGGAGGAGCUCCAAACCAUUUGUCUUCACCAUCCAUUCCCAGCAGAUGACCCACCCAUCCCAGUCGCUGGACGUUGCGACAGACACGCAGGAGGAGCUCAACGACUGGGUGGCCAAGAUCCGGGAGGCCACACAGAACGCAGAUGCCAGGAUGCAGGAGGGGAAGAUCAUGGAGCGGAGGAAGAAGAUUGCCCUCGAGCUCUCCGAGCUGGUCGUUUACUGCCGCCCGGUGCCUUUUGACGAAGAGAAGAUUGGCACAGAGAAAGCCUGUUACAGGGACAUGUCUUCCUUCCCGGAGACCAAGGCAGAGAAGUAUGCCAACCGCGGGAAGGGCAAAAAGUUCCUCCAGUACAACCGCCGGCAGCUGAGCCGCAUCUACCCCAAGGGGCAGCGCCUGGACUCCUCCAACUAUGACCCGCUGCCCAUGUGGAUCUGCGGGAGCCAGCUGGUGGCCCUCAAUUUCCAGACCCCCGACAAGCCUAUGCAGCUGAACCAGUCGCUCUUCAUGCUGGGGGGGCGCAGCGGGUACGUGCUGCAGCCGGACAUCAUGCGGGACGAGCUCUUUGACCCCUUCGACAAGAGCAGCCUGAAGCACGUGGAGCCAAUCACCGUUCAGCUGCAGAUCCUGGGGGCCCGGCACCUCCCCAAGAACGGACGCAGCAUCGUUUGCCCCUUUGUGGAGGUGGAGGUCUGUGGCUCCGAGUUCGACAACAGCAAGAACAAGACCGAUGUCGUAGCUGACAACGGCCUCAAUGCGGUUUGGCUCCUCAAGCAGUUUGUAUUUGACAUCAACAACCCCGAGUUUGCCUUUCUGCGCUUUGUGGUCUACGAGGAGGACAUGUUCAGCGACCCAAACUUCUUGGCUCAAGCCACCUUCCCUGUUAAGGGCCUCAAAACAGGUUACAGGUCGGUGCCCCUCAAGAACAGCUACAGCGAGGACCUCGAACUCGCUUCCUUGCUGAUCCACAUUGAAAUUGUCAAUGCCAAGGAAGAAGACGACGAGAACCUCUACUCCUCCAUCCAGCAAUUGCGCGACCGUGCCAAUGAACUCUCCAACCAGGUGUCUGGCUUCGAGCACAGCAACAACAGCGACUCUCGCUACCAGCAGCGCCUGGACGAGCUGCGAGCGGCUCAGGAGCGCCUCAUGGAGCUGACGGAAGUGCGCAACAGGAAGUUGAUGGAGAAGAAAAAGCGAGACCGGCAGCUGGCCAACAAGCGGAACUGAAGCAAGGCCAGCAUCCCUGGCUCACCCGUGCCGCUGGGGGGCCUGGAGGCUGCCUCUUCCUUCUCCCUACCAAGCUCCCAAAUGGCCUUUCUUACCAGCCACUGCCCAGACAGUUCUCUGCUGCCCAAGUCCCAGCUGGCUGGCUUCCUGGCACCAGGGGCGGAGGCUGAUGUGGGCCACAGCAAGAGCGCCCCCCCAGGGGGGAUGGGAAGCAGGAAUCUGAGUGGACUGACCACCUGCGGGGAUGGAGACCCUGCAAGUUUUUGCAGGGCCCAUUACGGACGUCGGACAUGGGCCUUGUCGAAAAGUUUUGCUUAAUUUUAACCCAUAGCGGAGGAGCUGGGCUUUUUAUUACUUUUAAUUUAAUCAACCCCCCCCCCCCCGCUUAAUCCUGGCCAUUUUAUGGUCACAGCUUGGAAGAGGUCUCUGGCGUCACUUUGCAGGACAGUUCCCACACCUAACCCCACACAUUGCAAACCUGCAGAGGCCGAAAAGCUAGAGUAGUAGGAACCCGGGACAGAGGAAAUCACCGCUGGAUGCAGAGGACUUGCAAAGGGAAGCUGAGAAAAAUAGAUCCAGUGAGGUGAUAGUUAGACAUCAAAGGUUACCGAGUGGGAGGAUCAUUUGGUGGGGGCAGGAACAAGAUGCACCACCCCCCAGAGAGUCUGCUGUGAAUACAGAUGUGCCUCACAGCGAGUUCCCUCCUCUCCAUCCUUAAGCACAAAGUUCUCCGACCGCAAACCUUGCUGUUACGAUGGCUGCACUCUUGUCUCGGAGGCAGCGAGCGGUGCUCCUGAGGGGAGAGUACAGCUCUUGCGCUCGAAUCCUGCUUGUGGGUUUCAAAUAAGGGGCAUCUAUCUGGCUGGCCACCGUGAGAAUGGAAUGCUGGACCAGAUGGGCCCUUGGCCUGAUCCUGCAGGCUCUCCAUGCGUUCUUACGCUGCUUGAUCCGGACUAGAUCUUGUUUAUUUGGAGGGGGCUUAUUCCUGUUAAGCGUGUGCAGGAUAUGGCAGCCGUGGUAUAUUUAUUUAUUUAUUGCUGGAAGGGAGAAAGUCCCCUUUGGUCGAGAACAUCCCUCAGCGUUUCUUCUUGUUGCAAAGCGUAGGCUCUGUCCUGCCGCAGCGGCUGCAUCGUGGACACCAGGAAGGGAGUUGGCCCAGGGACUGCGGCCAUCGAUUGUGGCUUUGCACCCUCUGGCCUUGAUAGCCUGGCUUCCUUGUUAUAGUGUCUUCAAACGGAAGUAGGGAAAGGACCUGCAGGCGUUGGGGGGGGAAGCAAGCCCUGAGAAAUGUUGUUUGUUUGAGGAGGGACCUCUGAAUUCGCCACUGUUUUCACUUUAGCUGCCGGCAGGCUCCUGUAAUUUCUAUCUUUCGCCAGGGGCUCUAAUGGGAACAGCUUAGCACACCACAGGGCAAGCCAUGGUAGGCACAGGCAGGUGGUAGGAGACCCCCCCACCCUACCCCCAGCUGUCUCUUUUACAUCCAUACUGACCGAGAGAGAGAGAGAGGAGCUAUGGAGCAUGUCAGUAAAUCAUAGUACAGGUACUGCUCCACAUUUUUGGUGGUGGAUUGAAUUGAAAACUUCCCUUCCUCUGUUCUGAAGGAGUCCCCAAACCAGAGCUUUCCAAACUUUUUACGUCGGUGGCACACUUUUUAAACAUGCACCAUUUUGUGACACAGGAAUUCACUUUUACUAGCAAGCCAAAGGUUAAACUAACCCCUUUCCAGCCCCAGGAGCAGUCGUGCGACAUCUACAUCCGUGUUUAGGGAAGUUUUUAAUACGUAUUUGAAGAUUUAUUCUGGUUUUAGUCCUCUGCUGGGAGCUGCCCAGAGUGGGUGGGGAGACCCGGCCCCGGAUGGGCAGGGUAUAAAGAAUAAAAUUAUUAUUAUUAUUAAUAUUAUUAUUAUUAUUAUUAAUUACUACACACUGCAGCCAGCACACUAACGUGUCGUGACACACCGUUUGGAAAGCUCUGCCAUAAACGUUUGCAUUUUGAGAAUCUGUUUCAGAGAUGUCCAAUGUCUUGUCCCUGGGCCCUUAGCAGGAUAGCAAGCCAAGGUGUCACCUUUCACCUUAGUGAGUUCUUCCUUCUUUCCCAGGGAAAGAAUCCCAGGGAUUCUGCAGUAGAAUCACGUACACCGAUGAAGCCAACCCCAACAGUUGUGUCCUUCCUACUGAAUGCAGAAUUUGGGCCAUUUUAGCAGCAUAACCCAGAUGCUGGGAGGAAUUAUGGCAAAAGUCUGCACGCACUGGAAUUGAGCCCACGAGCAAGUGACUCCCCCCAAAUCAUUGUGGCUUAUACCGGCAGCUCCCAACUCACAGGCUUCAUGGGAACACAGAAAGCUCCUGCUGCUACUCUGAGGCCGGCUCGAGUGAUGAGGUGGUCUUAGGAGAGGUUCUGGCAAAGUUUUAUUGAUGGGGAAAGUUGGCCUAUAUACAGAAAUGAAAAACUUUGGACAGAAAGCAAAGUCCAAAUGUACCAGGUAGUGAAGUAAGUCCGAAUUGGCAGAGUAAGUUUGCAAAAAGGGCUGAAGCCACAGGGAAAUUGCUGCUGCCCAAACCAGGUUGAGAGGGGUGGGACAUGUUUGUGGGAAUCCUCCUGCAACCCACUCACUCCCGUGAUGUUUGUGCAGGAAAGUUGUGGCCUGUAAGGAAGAGGAAAGGUGAAGGUGGCUGUGAGGAAGCUGGCAAGGAGAGCUAAGAAGAUACCAGGAAGAUCCCAAGUACCAGAUUUAGUGGGGUGGGGUGG